CUGGCCUGCGUUCAGUCGGGCACCCUGUCCGGGUCCUGCCGGGCUAUGGCGGCGCUCGGAGCGCUGGCCACGAAGUUGUGGUGCGUCCGGCGUCUGCUGGUGCUGCUGGCCACUCCGCUGGUGCUGCUGCCCAUCCCCUUCAGCCUCCCGCCCCAGGAAGGAAAAUGCCUCUUUGUCAUCCUGCUGAUGGCGCUCUACUGGUGUACAGAGGCCCUGCCUUUGUCGGUGACUGCUCUUCUCCCUAUCAUCCUCUUCCCCUUCAUGGGCAUCUUGCCCUCGAGCAAAGUCUGCCCACAGUAUUUCCUGGACACCAACUUUCUCUUCCUCAGUGGGUUAAUCAUGGCCUCUGCCAUUGAGGAGUGGAACCUGCACCGAAGAAUUGCCCUAAAGGUGUUGUUGUUCGUUGGGGUCCAGCCGGCCAGACUCAUCUUAGGAAUGAUGGUGACCACCUCCUUCUUGUCCAUGUGGCUCAGCAACACAGCCUCCACUGCCAUGAUGCUCCCUAUCGCCAAUGCCAUUCUGAAGAGCCUUUUUGGGGAGAACGAGGCUGUAAGAGACGUUGGCUGGGAGAAUGAAGAGAAUCUGGCUGCUGUCCAGAGAAAUGGUGUGUGUACUGUCCCCACUGAGAUGCAGUUUCUGGCCAGCACAGAGGACAAAGGCCUCCCGGAGGAGGUGGAGGCCCCACCAGAGAUGACCACUGCCAAAAAGGAGGAGGAGGAGUACCGAAGAAACAUCUGGAAGGGCUUCCUAAUCUCCAUCCCGUACGCAGCCAGCAUCGGUGGCACCGCUACCCUCACUGGCACCGCCCCCAACCUCAUCCUGCUGGGCCAGCUGAAGAGCUUUUUCCCACAGUGUGAUGUGGUGAACUUCGGGUCCUGGUUUGUAUUUGCCUUCCCCCUCAUGCUGCUUUUCCUGCUCACCGGCUGGCUAUGGAUUUCCUUCUUGUACGGUGGCAUCAACUUAAGGGCCUGGAGAACAAAAAAAUCAGAAAUCCGAGUAGAUGCUGAAGCUCGAGCCCGAGCUGUGAUAAGGGAAGAUUACCAAAAUCUAGGCCCAAUCAAGUUUGCAGAACAGGCGGUGUUCUUCCUUUUCUGUUUGUUUGCCAUUCUGCUCUUCUCCAGGGACCCAAAGUUCAUUCCUGGCUGGGCAAGCCUGUUUUCCCCUGGAUUUCUCUCUGAUGCUGUCACAGGCAUCGCUAUCGUCACGGUGUUGUUCUUCUUCCCAUCCCAGAAGCCAACUCUCAAAUGGUGGUUUGACUUGAAAGCUCCCAACACAGAGAUGGAGCCCUUACUGUCCUGGAAGAAGGCCCAAGAGACAGUGCCUUGGAACAUCAUCAUCCUGCUGGGUGGGGGCUUUGCAAUGGCCAAAGGAUGUGAGGAGUCAGGGCUGUCGGCCUGGAUCGGUGGGCAACUGCAUCCCCUGGAGAAUGUGCCACCAGCUGUUGCAGUCCUGCUCAUCACCAUGGUGAUCUCUUUCUUCACGGAGUUUGCCAGCAACACGGCUACCAUUAUCAUCUUCCUACCUGUCCUUGCUGAACUGGCCAUUCGACUUCGAGUCCAUCCCCUGUAUCUGAUGAUCCCAGGCACCGUUGGCUGCUCCUAUGCCUUUAUGCUUCCCGUGUCGACACCCCCCAAUUCCAUUGCCUUUUCUUCUGGACACCUGCUGGUCAAAGACAUGGCGCGGACAGGCCUCCUGAUGAACCUCGCAGGCGUUCUGCUGCUUAACUUGGCCAUGAAUACGUGGGCUCAGAGCAUCUUUCAGCUGGGCACCUUCCCAGCGUGGGCAGAAGAUCACUCAAACAACGUCACGGCGCUGUUCCUUGCUGAAUACAACACCACUCUUCAGCCCCAUCUCAGUGUCUGAGCCCCUCCCCUUGGGGUUGCUCUAAGGACUCACUGGGGAUGGGGCCCCUCCCAUCCCAGCCAGGCCCUCCCAGAGGGCAUCCCCCACACCUGGUGCUCAUCUUCUAAUGGCCAGCCAAGCUAUUUUGUUUCUGAUCAAAUUACUACCAGGUGAAGGAGACCUUCAGGACUUCUGCAGAGCCUUAAGGCUCAUUCCAUAGGAUAUAUUCCUCCUCUACCAUCACCCUCCACUCCAGCCCCCAACUUUCACACCACAGGGCAUACCUUGGACCAGAUAUUCUGGGGAGCUACUUCUUUACCCCCCCAAGGUAUCCCAUGAGUAUUCAGUUGGGCCUCAUUCCUAUAGGCCUCAGUAACUAUUGAAGAAUUUGGGUUCCAACCCAAGGGGAAAUAAGUCUUCUUUCUAUGCCCCUUGAAGGUUUACAAAGUGUUUUCCUCACGAUGAUAUCUCAAGUGUUAUUAGGACUAUUUUACAGACAAGGAAACUGAGGCUCUGAGAUGGGAAGCUACUUGCCCAUGGUCCUAGUAAGUGUUAGAUGCAGGAUUUGUACCCAGGUCUCUGGACUCCACAUCCUGCACUCUGUCCACUCUACCACCUUUCCAAUGAGGCCCGCAGCCUCCUACAAGUUUAGGUUAAGAUCAUGAAAGAUUAGUCAGUAACUCUCCUUCCAUGGCCAUCUCUUCCACUUGGGGAGUCAAUGAAGGAGAGUGGAGGAUCAAGGACAAUAGACUUGAGAAUAUCAUCUGACAGAUAAGAGUUUGCAUUUCUUUUAUAGGAUGUUCACCUCAUUAGAUUAUUGCAGUUCCUACAAUGGUCUUCAGAACUCUCAUUUUUAUAUCAUGGUGCCCCCAAAUUUCAGAAAACAUUCUUUAUAUUGAAACCCCGCACAGGUACACAAGUGUGUGCAUGCACACACAAGACCCACAGCUAAAGGAGGCUUUUGCAGAAUGUCCCAUGGACGAUUUGCAGAAAUCCCAGUAGUCACCUGAGCAUAGGGUCAUAGAUUUCAGAGGCCACCUAGUUUCAUUCCCUCCUUUUACAGACAGGGAAAUGGAGGCCAGUGUCUCACAGCACAAGAGAAUAGUUAAAAUGAAAAGGAGAGGGGCAGCUAGAUGGCGCAGUGGAUAGAGCACUGGCUCUGGAGUCAGGAGUACCUGAGUUCAAAUCCGACCUCAGACACUUAACACUUACUAGCUGUGUGACCCUGGGCAAGUCACUUAAUCCCAAUUGCCUCGCUAAAACAAAAAAAAAAACAAAAAAAAAUGAAGAAGAGAGAUCGAGGCCCUGAAGUGCCUUGUGCAGAAUCACACUGAUGGAAGGGAACUUGGAGUCUUCCAACACAACCCUUCCUGAACAAGAAUCCCUUCCUGAGCAUCUCUCACUGGGGGUUAUCUGCCUGUUGUUUGGAGACCUCCUAUGUCAGGGAACCCUGACCUCCCAAGGCAGCCCUUUCCCACUUUGGGACAACUCUAAUUAGUGAAAAGUGUUCCCCGACCUGAAGCUCAAAUCUGCCCCUCUUCAGAUUUUACCAAGUGCCCCUAGUUUUGCCCUCAGGAGCCAAAGUCAAUGGGUCUGACUUCUCUUCUAUGCAGCCGACUUUCAAAUGCUUCAAAGUGAUAAUUAUUCCCCGUGCCCAAGUCUUCUUUUCGGUUCAACACCCUUUCUCUCUGGUUAGUGCUCAGGUGGCCUGGUCUCUAGUCUUCAGACCUUUUAAAAAGAGGACUAACAACUAAUCUAGAAAAUCCACCCAGAAGGCUUGUCCCGAAUAGCAGGAGAUAAUCUGAAUAUUUGGUGACUAGUUCCAAGUCCAAACCAAGUCUCAGCAUCUCUAGGAUUCCCUUAAGAAGAAAGGACUAAACCCUUAACUGAAGGACCAUAUCUGGUUCAUUCUGAUAUUCAGAACCUCAAGUCCUGGGUCUCAAUCGUGACUUGAACACCCCCACCUCUUCCAGGGAAACCACAUCUCAUUUUGUUUUUUGGUGUGUUUUUUUUUUUUUUUUUGGUAAAGCACCGUGAUAUUGGCAGAUUACUGGAACGCCCAAUCAGGAAGGCAGCCGAGUACAAGUACCUAGAUUGGGCUGCUUCUCUCACUGAGCAUCUAGGAGCAAAGGGCAAAAGAGAGCCAGUAUGACCCUGAAUUCCCAGUCUGAGCCAGUGACUUUCUCUUUGCCCCUCACACAUACACACUGACUUCUCCCUGGAGUGUUUACGGAGAGGAGAGAUGAGUCCUAAUCCUUCUGGGCCAUGCCCUCCCCAUCCUAACAUACUUCCUUUGGUGGGAUGAACCUUACUGAAAAAUUAGCACAUGAUAUCCCUCCCAAACAAUGUUAUUUCAAUUUAUGAGAGGAACAAAUUGCUGAUCUAUGACAAAGUCUAAUCUGGUUGAUUUUUGUACUUUCAAUGAAAGGACUUACAGGCACCAGUGAUUUCCACCUAUUCUUCAUCUCCAUUUAGAAAUCAUUCCUUCUUUUUCACUUAUAAUCAUAGAGUCAGAGAAUGUCAGAGCUGGGAGGGACCUUAGAACACAGAAUGUCAGAGCUGGGAGGCCCCUAAGAACAGAGACUGUCAGAGCUGAAAAGGACUUUCCUUCACACAAUGAUAGAACUGGAAAGGCUCUUAGAACAGUGGAUAUCGGAGCUGGAAGGGAGCUUUCCAGCAAUUCCAUCUACUCCGACCCCCCCUACACUCUAUAGAAGAGGAAACUGAGGCCCACAGUGACUUACCCAAGAUACCACAGUUAGUAAAUGGCAGAGCCUGGAUUUUUACCUUAGUUUCCUGACUCCAAGCCUGGGGCUCUAUGUAGCACAUCUUACAUUCUGUGUAUGUUGGAAAAGACCAAGCUUUCAGGGUAAUGAGUCAGUCAAGAACCAGGAGUACCUUAGCUUAAUGCAGGCUGGCGGCUGGAGGAAGUAACCCCAGGUGUUUAUUUCUAUUUUGCUUUAAUCUAAGCAUGCCUGUGGAGGAGCCCACCCUCCCUCUCCUCAAUUUAGCCCACCUACUUGUUUACCAGUACCAGAAAUUCCAAUCUUUUGGGACAAGACUCUCCAUUCUACUAUUAGGAAAGAGGCUAAAAAACCAAGUCAAUCCUCCUAGGAGAGGGAAGCCAAUUUAGCUAUGCGGUGGGAUAAAUUACUGAUAUCACAACCUUUCUAGGGGAAGGGAGAACGCAAGGGAGGGCUUUGAGCCCUGCAACUGCACCAAUAAACACUCAGUCUACCUUCAUUGCAGUUGCUUUUGAUAAGGCAAUUACCUUGCAGUCUUCUUAUGUGUCAAGGGGUGGAAGUAUAUCAAGAAUCUACCUGAGAGCCCAUUUCUAGGGCCCACGUGCAGACAUCUUAAGAUGUCUUGAUUUUCCAAGCAUUCUUGAUUAUAAAACCUGUGCAAUAAAGGACCUUAAUUGAAA